GUUUAAACUACGUCAUCACGUACUUCUAGACGCCGUUUGGCUGUAAUACAGUUCUAAUGGUGCUUAAUUCAUUCCCAGAGAUACAUGGCAAAAUCAAUUACCGUCCGUGGACGGAUGGACGAGGAAGAUGAGAAAUGUCUACAGAACUGUCUGCCAGAGAUUGAACGAUCUGUUGAAGCCAAUCAUAUUGUCACGCAUUUAUUUGCAGCCCAAGUGAUGACCUUUGAUGACAAGAACGAAAUCACGGGUGCAGAACCCAGACAAAAACGAAUACGACUUCUCAUUGACAAACUGAUUUUACACGGUGGACGUAACGGAUUUAUCGAAUUUAUCAGAUCGCUUGAAAAAAGUCACUAUCUGGAAAUUGCUGAAAAACUGAUUAGCAAAAACUAUUCCAGCGGCGAGAGUAAUCUUGGAAAUGAUGUUCAAAACUGGAAACGCGAUGCCAACAUUGAACGCAGGCUGGAGGUACUCCGCGAAAGGAUUUUCAAACUGGACGCGAAGGUAUCGCAGUACGAAGUGUUGAAGGAAGACAUUUUGGCCAUGAAGGACGUGCUCAAAGAGAUCCGGGAAUUGUCGGAAAUGGGCUCACAAACAAAGCUCACACUCGAACUACUCACCGAGCAACUUCGAGAGAAAACAGUGAAGCUAGAAGAGGCAGAGAAACAAAUUGGUCGGCUAGAAAUCAAAAUAAGACAUCUCGAACAAGAAAGACAGAAAGACAAACUGCAAAUUGACCGCCUUCAAGGUUCGAUCACACAACAAGAGUUCACGAUUUUAUCUCUGAGGAAAGAGGUGGAUAUACAAUGCGAGCAGAUUGAGGACAAAGGGAAGGAAAUCAAUACACUGAAGAAACACGACGUGGACAAAGAGAGAAGACUGGAACGAUUGGAAAAUAUGAUGGCAACCCAAAUGGUCAAACCCAGACAGAAGUUGCAAAGCAGAAUGAUAUCAAAAAACAGAUUUCAGUAGACUUCAAAGUUAGACAUUUCGUGGACACUGGGUUUCUAUGGACGGUGUGAGAACAAAAUGAUUUGAUGGACAACGCUAAUAAAACUAAUUUAUAACACAUUGACUAUUAUUAUACACCUAUUAAAAAGGGCACGGCUGAGGGAUACUAUUUGGACAACAAUAGCAAUACUUGUAUUAAGUAGAUGCUAUGUGGGCCUAAUUUGAUGACAUGAUUUACAAUAAGCAAUCAAGGACAAAAGUCAUGGAUGUUGACAGUGCAUAAGUGCUGGACUGCUCAAGCUGCCAGUGUACCACGACCAUUGAUAUACCAGUCGGGCGGGGUUGGGUGGUAUAUCAAUGACCGUGGUAUGUGCUAUCCUGUCUCUGGGAUGGUGCAUAUAAAAGAUCCCUUGCUACUAAUGGAAAAUUGUAGCGGGUUUUCUCUCUAAGACUAUAUGUCAAAAUUACAAAAUGUUUGACAUCAAAUAGCGGAUGAUUAAUAAAUCAAUGUGUUCUAAUGGUGUCGUUAAACAAAACAAACAAAAAGACAUUGACUUCUCAAGGUCCUAUCAGUCAAGUAAUCACCCACCCUACACGUCAGACCUGACUCCACGGCAUUCUGAUCUGUUCCGGGAUUCAAAAACCUUCCUUCAUGGUAUCCAAUAGUUGAUGAUUAAUAAACUAAUGUGCUCUAGUGAUGUUGUUACAUAAAACAAACUUCAACGUUUCCUUCGCGGUAACCGUUUUGAAGAUAAUGAUAAUGAUAAUAAGUCUAAAGGGUGGUUGAUGAGCCAGCCAGAAGAAUUCUCUUUCCCCAAUAGUUUGAUAAAUAAAUGUGCCAAAUGCAUUGAAGUCAAGAGUGGUUUAAUUAAAAAAGUAAAGUAGUAGUGUUUGAUCUGUUAUCACUUCCAGUGCCUAUUUCUAUUAACGUUUUGACUAAUCCUCUGAUAUGUUACAAAAACAAAUGUAUAUAAAUUCAGAUGUAUGAUAUAAGUUACAAAUAUAAACAAGCAGAUAUAAUAUAUAUGUUGAAAGAAAUGUUUUCGUACCAAAUGUAAUUGUAAUAACCUUGUCCAUGUUGUUGAUCAUUAGAUUAAUUUUCUUUUCAUGUUUUUAUUACAAUUUAAAUAGGGAAUAUUUAUUUUUUAAAAACUACCAGGGAAUUAAUAUCAGUAUGGAUUCGGUUUUAUUAAUACCCCCCCCCCCCCCCCACACACACACACACACACCACAUACUGAAUUUACUAGAAGUGUGUUUUAACAUCUAAUAACAAAUUAAAACGUGUGUGGUUUUUAUGAUAAUAAAAACUGUUUUCUCAUGGUUGUACUGAAUAUUGUGUUUAGACA